AUGUCUUUCCAAGAUGAUUUUAAGCACCUCAAAAUUCAGCUCAAAGAUGUCAGGUCAGCCACCAACAAUUUUGGGGACAAGCCGAUCGGAAAGGGUGGGUUCGGAAAGGUGUACAAAGGACAACUCUUUCUCGCCCAGGGACCCUGCACAGUCGCGUUUAAAUGCUUAGAUCGUAAAUUCGGGCAAGGGGACACCGAGUUUUGGAAGGAGAUCAUGAUGCUGUCUAAACUGAGGCAUCAAAACUUGGUCUCUCUCCUAUGCUUUUGCAACGACGAUGCCGAGAGAAUCAUUGUGUACGAGUAUGCAUCUCGUGGGAGUCUUGAUCGCUAUCUUGGUGACGCUAGUCUCACGUGGACCCAACGUCUCCAGAUAUGUCAUGGUGCUGCUUGUGGAUUAAACUACCUUCAUGAUCCCAUGAAGACACAACAAAGAAUUCUCCAUCGAGAUAUUAAAAGCUCCAACAUCCUUUUAGAUGAGAAAUGGAAUGCGAAAGUUUCAGACUUCGGCCUAUCCAAAAUCGGCCCGGCUAACCAACCACAUACAUAUCUCAUUUCUAAUGUUAUAGGUACACCUGGGUAUUGUGAUCCGUUGUACUGGGAGGUGGGACUGUUGUCAAAGGAGUCGGAUGUAUACUCUUUUGGAGUGGUAUUGUUUGAAGUAAUGUGCGGGAGGUUAUGUUACGAAUAUCAUAACGGUAAGCUAAUUAGCAUUUUGGUUAAUAUGUGGAAAAAGUGUUAUAAUGAAAAGAGACUAGAUGAUAUCAUCCAUCUUGAUCUAAAGGAACAAAUAGAUCAGGAUUCGUUGAAGACGUUUUCGGCCUUAGCAAAUCGAUGUUUAAAUAGAGAACGUAGAGAACGACCAACGAUGGUCGAGAUCGUCAAAGAACUUGAGGUUGCACUUCAACAACAGAACUUUCACCGAGACAAACCCACACUAGUCAAGACACCAACAUCCUACAAAUCCAAGCAAGAGUUCCAUCAUCUACAAAUUCAACUGAAAUAUAUAACAUCGGCCACCGACAACUUCAGUAUCGACAAACUGCUUGGACGUGGUCCGUUUGGACCGGUGUACAAAGGAGAACUCUAUCUACAGGACGGAAGAAGCAUGGUCGCUUGUAAACGCUUAGAUCGUAGCCUUGGGCGAGGGAAUACUGAAUUUUGGAGAGAGGUCAAGAUGCUUUCCAAAUACAAACACGAAAAUUUGAUCUCUCUUUUGGGCUUUUGUGAUGAAAGUGAUGAGAGGAUUCUUGUGUACGAGUAUGCACCUCGUGGCACCCUCGGUCGCUAUCUAAGCGACACUAAUCUCACAUGGGUCGAACGCCUUAAGAUAUGCAUCGGGGUUGCACGUGCAUUGAGCUACCUUCAUGAUCCCGUGGAGAUAGAAAAACCGGUUAUCCAUAGAGACGUUAAAAGUGCAAUCAUCCUUUUGGAUGAAAAUUGGACUCCUAAGGUUACCGAUUUUGGCCUGUCAAAAAUUGGUCUCCCGAACGAACCACAAGAAAAUAUUGUGGGUACCAUCGGGUACUGUGAUCCAUCGUAUUGGGAUAUAGGAUUCCUAUCGAAAGAGUCCGACGUGUACUCUUUUGGGGUUGUGUUAUUUGAAGUCAUGUGUGGCAGAUUAUGUUUUGAAUAUGGUAAAGGUAAAAAAAUUCGCAUUUUAGUGCCGAUGUGGAAAAAAUACUACGAGGAGAAAAGACUCGAUGAUAUUAUCUACCACGAUCUUAAGGAACAAACGGAACACAAUUCUUUAUAUACGUUUUCAGCCAUUGCUUAUCGAUGUUUGAAGAAAGCUCGUGAAGAACGACCACCAAUAGCCGAGGUUGUGAAAGAACUUGAGAUCGCACUUGAACAACAAGAGCUUUUCGAAAAAUUAAGGACGAUUGUUGAUCUUGUCUCACUUCCUCCGAAAGGGAUCAUUGUUGGAGACGGAAAAACGUGGCUUUCAAUGAGCAGCAAUGGGAUAACUUGUGAAAUGAUAUCUGCAAUCAAAUGUAUUUCUGCAGACUUGCUUUCACAUGAUACCAUACAAAAUUCUAAGGUUAGCAGCUUUUUAAAUGAACAUGAAACACAUUUGAAUGGUCAAAAGUUUUCAAAUGUCGUAAGGGGUGUAAUGCACGAUGGCUUCAAAGUAGAAGUGAAAACUCAGUUUUUGCUACCACGUAUAACAUACACUGUAAAUCUCGUCUUCAAACAUAGCGGUAUGGAUCAUGGGACGCAUAUACCCUUCAAAUUCAAAUUUGAUGCGGAUAAGUGUUAUUCUAAUGCGUGCAUUAGUCACGUGAGAGAAGAUGGAUGGUUGAUGAUUGAACUACGCCAAUUUACAAGUUACAGAAAGGAACAUGAAUUUAAGAUCGAGUUUUUACCGCUCUUUAGAAUUAGUUCUUCGACCAUUCAGUAUUUUAUUGACGGCAUUGAAUUUCGGCCUGUGGAAUAUGUAAGCUAA